UUGAUUAUUCUUUCUGUAAAUUCAACUUGUUUUGUCUAUUUAAAUAAUUGCAUUUUUUAAUAUUGUGAUAAAAAUUUACUUCUAAUCUAAUAUUUUAAAAUUUUGACUGCAAUUAAAUAUAUCAUACGUUAUCCUUGUCUAAGUUUAUAAAAAUUAUAGGACUUGUGUUCCUUUUUAAACUAUAGAAAUUGUUUAGGAAUGGCUGUAAGCAAAGAAGAUUUUAAUAAAAAAGUUGCAUUAAUAACUGGUAUAACAGGGCAGGAUGGUUCAUAUUUAGCUGAGUUUUUGCUAAAUAAAGGAUAUGAAGUACAUGGGAUAAUAAGAAGAUCUAGUACAUUCAAUACAAGCCGUAUCGAACAUUUAUAUCUAGAUCCAAAAUCACAUAGAGAAGGAAAAAUGAAAUUGCAUUAUGGUGACAUGACUGACAGUAGUUGUUUAGUAAAAAUUAUUGGAUCUGUAAAACCUAGAGAAAUUUAUAAUUUAGCAGCCCAAAGUCAUGUUAAGAUUUCAUUUGACUUAAGUGAGUAUACAGCUGAAGUAGAUGCUGUUGGUACUCUUAGGUUGUUAGAUGCUAUACGUACAUGUCAACUAGAAUCAAAUGUGCGAUUUUAUCAAGCAUCUACAUCUGAGUUGUAUGGAAAAGUGGUUGAAAUACCUCAGAAAGAAACUACCCCAUUUUAUCCAAGAUCCCCAUAUGCUUGUGCAAAAUUAUAUGGAUAUUGGAUUGUUACAAAUUAUAGAGAAGCUUAUAAUAUGUACGCUUGCAAUGGAAUUUUGUUUAACCACGAAAGUCCCAGAAGGGGAGAAAACUUUGUAACAAGAAAAAUAACCAGAUCAGUAGCCAAAAUAGCUCUUGGUUUAUUAGACUGUAUUCAACUUGGAAAUUUAGAUUCAAAACGAGAUUGGGGACAUGCCAAAGAUUAUGUUGAAGCAAUGUGGUUAAUGCUUCAACAAGAAGUUCCUCAAGAUUUUGUUAUAGCUACAGGUAAAAUGCAUAGUAUUAGAGAAUUUGUUGAAAAAGCUUUUCAGCAUAUCGGAAAAAAUAUUAUUUGGGAAGGAGAAGGAUUGAAUGAAAUUGGUAAAGAAGAAUGUACAAGUAUUAUUCGUGUAAGAGUUAACUCCAAAUAUUUUCGACCAACUGAAGUAGAACUUUUAUUAGGCGACGCGUCUAAAGCCAAGAACAUUCUCGGAUGGGAGCCAAAAGUGAAUUUUGAUCAACUUGUUUACGAUAUGAUGGAAGCUGAUUUAGAGCUCAUGAAACAAAAUCCAUCUGCCUAGUCUUUCCAUAGUUUUAAUUUAAUUUAUAUUUUUGUUCAAUUAUAUAUCAAACUAUUAAUUUUUUUGCUUGGCUGUAUUGAAACUCAUUUAACAUUUUACCAAUUUUAUUUAUUUAAAAUAACUUACUAUUAGCCAUAAUUAUAAUUAAUUCAUACGAAUAAACUAUAUUUUGGAAUAGCUAAAGCAAAACUUAUUUAAAGAAUCAACUAUAAAUAUGGCUUUCAAACAUUUUUUAUUUAUACGGAUUAUAAGUAUUAUUAAAGAUAUUUUUAUCACUCAUAUUAUUAUUGUAUAAUUUUAAGCUAAACUAUUUUUAUAAAUGUAAAGUAAUUACAAACUUUCCAGUGUUUUAGAUUAAAAUAAUAUACUUUUUAUCAAAAUAAAAAGUAAUCUAAAUUCAUUUUUUUUUAUGUUUGACUCCUGUUUCACUGUUCUUCUAGUCAUAUUUUACAAUAUUUUCUAUUAUAUUAUUUCUAAAAUAUGUUACUAUGUAGAAGAAGCUAAGAAGCUUCAUAUGUAAUUUUGUAAGAAAAUAACAGUGAUAUUAUUUUUGACAAUCCAACCAAAUUACCAAAUACAAUAAACAUUCAUUCUGUUUGAAAUUAUCUCCAUACAUAUUUAAGGGAAUAAAUAUCAUAGGAAGCUUUCUUCAAUAACUAGAAUAUUGUAAAGGAUAAAAAUUCACAAUAUUGGUUAUGCUAAUUUUUAUAAAGAAAUAGGUAUACAAUGAUUAAAUUUUAUGCAUAUUAAUUUUUUUUUAAUAUAGUCUUUAAUUUUAUAAAUUAACUUAUUAUAAAUCUUUAUAUAUUUUGAGUUAAACUCAAAACUUUCUAAACAUACAGUAACUAUAUUUAUUUUUACUUUUUACAAGUUCAGUUUUUCUUGUUUCAGACACAGUAAUUAACAAUAUUAAAUACAACUAUUUAUAUUAUAAAAUU